CGCACCCAGCUUACAAAACUUUUUAUUUUACAACGGAACAAAAACGAUCAAGACAUGUCGGCACAAGAUCCUCAAAUGCAAUUUUCUGAAGCUGAGCAACGUGAGCUCGCUCAGUUCCUUGAAGCCGAGAAUGCAAAGGCGCGUAUUCAACAAACUGUCCACGCCAUGACUGAUUCCUGCUGGGACAAGUGCAUUUUCAAGAUCAACAACAAAACGGAUCGCAACGAUGAAAGUUGCUUGUCCAACUGUGUCGAGCGUUUCCUUGACAGCAGUUUGUUUGUCGUCAAGCGUCUGGAAGACAUGCGAAGCUCUGCUGUUUAAGAGAAAGAGGAGCAGUGAACUUUGUCUUGUAUAUGUGAAUCAUAGAAGUCAAAAGAAAGAAGAAUAUAAUGAAUAUAUGCAUAUAUUGUAUUAUAUCAAGCCGCUCUUCGUCAUUUAAUAUUAG